AUGGUAGAUUUGAAGACAAAAACCAACAAGAACCAGAAAACUGGAAGAGAGAAAGAAGAUGAGAGGGACAUGCUCAGUGAGUUGCCUGACGAUGUUCUUCUCCACAUUAUGCAUUUCAUGAACACAAAAACCGCAGUUGGAACCUCUCUCUUAUCGAAACGAUGGAACAACGUUUGGAAAUGUCUCACCACUCUCUGUUUCAGUCUCAGCGACUUCAAAACCCUCGCCAGCUACGACCAAUUUGUGAACCACAUUGUCUCCCAGAGAGACACUUCCAUUGGUUUGCAUCGUCUUGAUUUCGAAGCAUGCGACAUAAAAGAAGAGCUUCUCCACCUUGUCCCUCCUCUUCUGCAUGAUGUGCCACAUUUGAGUAUCCAUCUCCAUACCCGUUCUCUAAACAUGUUUAAUUAUUCAAUACCUUUCCUCUUUUUCUCACACUCUCUCACAUCUCUCACUCUUUCAAUCGAUCGGAGUCGUCGAAUCUUUAUUCUUCCACAACCUAUACAACUACCGGCGCUCAGAACCUUGAAUCUCACCAAUGUCGGUUUCGUCGUGAUGGACAGUGAUGAGUGCGUUGAACCCUUUUCUUCGUGUUUGGUCUUGGACAGUUUGGUCCUUGAGUGGUGUUAUCUGACAAACCCUUGGAAAGUCCUCAGCAUAUCAAAUCCCAACCUUUCUCGUUGCACCAUGAAAAGGUACUCCUUCAGGCUUCUACUUUCUACUCCAAAUCUCACCUAUCUCGCUAUCGGAAAAUCAAUGUUCCCUUGUGAGGUCUCUUCCACGUGUGAUCUUGCACUUCUUCAAGAAGCCGACAUUGACAUCACUUGUGAUUCUCAUGCAAUCGUUCUAAGGUUGCUGAAAAUGUUGUCCUAUGUAAAGAUAUUGACACUCUCUGAGCCUGUCCUUAAAACAAUACUACUUGGGGUGCUAGAAGAUGAAAGUUUUCAACAUCCAAGUAUUCAAACUCCACGAAUUCUACCUCCGCGCUUUGUUAGAUUGCAGACAUUGAAGGGGGAAAACAUUCAACAGACAGUAGUUUUGAUGAAGUACUUACUUCAAAACUCUCAACUCACCGAAGUUGAGGUCAUAAAUUUUUGA